AUGGCCAUGGGUGCCUGGAACCCUGUGGGCCAGCACAUCCCCAUGUUGGGCUAUACAUGUAUCAGGAAAAGCAUCUAUGAAAGUGCCAGGUCCGCGGCCUCCCCGCCACCAACCAAUCACGAGCGAGCCCCCCCGCCGUCGCCUUCCGCCAAUGGGAGAAAGCCCGCGGGCCGGGCCGACGAGGCGCACGGACCCCACGAGCGCGGCGGCGGGGACGACAGCGUCGGGGCUGGCGAGAACACAACAUGGCGGCGUGCAGGCCGGACCGAGCUACAGCAGCGGCCGCGCGAGGAAGUGAGGUCUCCGGCGGAGGGAAGCGCUGCCCCUCCCCCCGCCGCUACUCCCCUCUCACCCUCCCUCGUACGGAAGCUCCCGCACACUCACACGCCUUUGCUCGGGAGUCCAGGAAGAGCAGGAACCGCCCCCGCGCUCCUGCGGAGUCGGGCAAUGCAGAGGCCCAGGCACGGCGGAAGGAAGGGGAAAGCGUGCGUCACGGAGAACGGAGCGCGCGCGAAGCGGGGGCACAAACAAGAUGGCGGCCACGCCGUUUGCACGGUCUCCCCUUUUCCCCUCCCCCUCCCUGGGCCUAGACACUCAGUGUCGUGCUGCACGCAGAAGCUGAGCUGCUUGAAGUCUCGCGAGAAUUGGGAAGGGGCGAGGACAGUGAGACCGAAUGAGAUGUGAGAGUUUUGACCCCACCCCCUUUCGGGGGAUCUGGAGGCGUUGCCCGGUGACCUCCACUGAGCUUUCUAUCCUUGUGACUCUCUUUGGUGCGAGCUUGAGUUUUUGGAAAUAAGUAGGGACGUGUGUGUGUAUUUGUGUUUUUAAUUUGGGGAGAACUGGAGGAUGAAGGUCGACUUGGCAUGCCAGAUUAAGCAUGCUGUUCAGGUAGACAGCUACUGGCGCCUUAAAUUCAUAAAAGAGAGCAUUUGACACCAAACUGUAAAGUGAUACCCUCCAGAAUAAAGAACAGUACUUAGCAAGAAUAGCUGGUAGCUUUACUUCGACAUAGACGUUGUUCUCGUUUGAAUGCAGAUUUUAAAACUUUAUCACGCAGUUGAAAACCACAGCUACAAUGAGCAUGGACUUUUUCAAUUAUCUCUUUCAUUUCCAUUGGUCCAAAGGCAUCAGGAUUUUAUCCAUUUUACAAUGAUAAAACUGAAGCUCAAAAAGGUUAAGUAACUUGAUCUAAGUAAAGCCCCACAGCUAGUAGCUGUCAAAACCUAAUCCGAAUAACUUCAAAACCUAUAGGUACAGUAAGAGUUAGUGCAUGAGGUAACAAGCACAGAGAGGAAUGACUGCCUCUGCUGAUGGUAACCUUGAAGUUUACAAAUGACAUUGGAGCUUUUCUGACACGUGUUGCAUGGGUCCUCAAUAAAAUCUACACACUGUUGUUACUCCCUGUGGGUUUAUAACCCUGGUGAUAAAGCAAUUGAGCAUAGUGGAAUAAACCCUUAACUUAAAUUCAGGAAAAUUGUUUUCAAAUUCAAUUUAAAUAAAUCGCGCUUUAGGCACUCAAUAAAUAUUUGAUGAAUAAAUGAACAAAACCUAACUAUAAGACACUUGACUUCAGGGAGUCUCAAUUUCUUCAUUUGUAAAAAGAUCUAAUUCCUAACUCUUGGUAAUGUGGGGAGAGUGAAUGAAAUAAUGUGAGAGUGCUUUGUAAAUUGCAAUGUGUUAUAAAAAAGUUACUGCAGUAAGCUAUGAACAUGCCACUGCACUCUAGCCUGGGUGAUAGUGCAAGGCCCUGUCUCAGAAAAAAAAAAAAAAAUUAUAAUGACAAUGACAUUUUCAGACUUCAGAAACGGCGUAAAAUUAUAAACAGGGAGACUCAGUAAAAUAGUAUGUUGGGAUUGUAGAGAGACAAAUUAGCUAAUGGAAAAAAGCUAGGUAAGUCUUUCUACAAGUAUGUAUUGAGCAAUUAUUGCAUAUGCUAUGCUUACCAAAGAAAUGUAAAAAUGUGUAGGAAGAGUGAUUAUUGUUGUAAUUAAGUAUUGACCGCACUUAGGGUCUGCAGUCCAUUUUCUUCCAAGAGUCUGGAAAUUGGGUUGCCCUCAGAAAUAAAUAAAAAUCUACGUAUUAGGGGAAAUUAGCCAAGAAUGAUAUUAAAUAUAUUUAACAACAAGUAGUGAACAAGCAGAAUUAGAAAUCCAGUUAGGGUCCUGGAGGUACAGCAGCUACUUACCAGACAAUACUAGAGUAUUUCAGUAUUUUAAUAGUCAAUGCUGUAACUGUUAACAGUCAACUGGUACAUAUGAGCCUAAUGUUAGUCCUUGCUGUAGACUGUAUUAUCAAUAGUCUCUGCCCUUCCCUUUCUAAAGCCCUCGCUAUCUAGCUUGUCCCUAGGAGAUUCGGGUGAAAAACUUCUCCCCCUAAUGUCAUCAAGUUUGGCCUUGUUUUGACCAGUGAAAUGUGAGUAGAAAUGGCAUGAAUCACUUCUCAACAGAAAUUUAUGAGCUAUCUUGUGAUUUCACCGUAUUAUCUUUCCUCUGACACAAGAGCAGUAUGUCCUAAAUAGAGCUACCUCUUCAGCUUUUGUCCCAGAAUGAAGAUGUGCAGAGCCACAACUGACACACAUAACAUGGAAUGUUGUGUGGACAAUAAAUAAAUCUUUGUU